AUGAGCGAGCAGGAGGUGACCUAUUCAGAACUGAAAUUUCACACUCCUACUCAACAGCAAAGCAGACAAAGAGCUGAGAUCACCAAAAACAAAGAUUCUCCUUCUCCUCUGUGGAGGCUCUUUGCCAUAAUCUUUGGAAUCCUCUGCUUGGCUUUGCUGGUAACAUCAGGGUUCUUGGGUGCUCUGGUAUGCAGAUGGCAGCAAAACUUCAGCCAGCAGCAGGGAAUUCUGGAAAAUCUUACCUGCCAGCAAAUUAAUUUGGAAAACCAAACUCGUGAGCUACAAGAAAUCCUAGAAAACCUCACAUGGGAAAGAGAUCAUCUUCAAAUCCAGAAUACUAAUUUCUUGAAAACUUUGCAGUCAAAAGGAGACAAAUGCAUUAUUUGUCCAAAGAACUGGAUACAGCAUGGAAAGGACUGUUAUGAACUUUCAUCUGGUAUAAAAUCUUGGUCUGUGUGUAAAGAAUAUUGCUCUUCCCUGGGCUCCAGGCUGCUGAAGAUAGACAGCAAGGAAGAGCUGGACUUCAUAAAACCACUGACAUAUUUUCCUUACUGGAUGGGAUUGUUAUAUAACGAAACCAAAGGCUACUGGCAGUGGGAAGAUGGUACAGCUCUCACCACUGAUUUGUAA